UACACUGCAACUAUUGACGUUUCAUUUUGGGGGCGGCUACGGGUAUUGUCAUUUUAUGUUUAAUUCUUCAUAUGAAAUGAGAUUAAUUAAUCCAUCGAUUAAUAUGAGAAUAUUAUAAAAUUUAUUUAUACCUAAUGUGUUUUUUCAGCAUAAAUCAGGCCUAAAUCAAAAUGAUCGGGGGCCUGUUCGUAUACAACCACAAGGGCGAGGUGCUUAUCUCGCGCGUGUACCGAGAUGACAUCGGGCGCAAUGCAGUGGACGCGUUCCGUGUGAACGUGAUACACGCGCGGCAGCAGGUCCGCUCGCCCGUCACCAACAUCGCACGCACGUCCUUCUUUCACAUCAAGCGCGCUAACAUCUGGCUGGCGGCAGUCACCAAACAGAAUGUGAACGCUGCGAUGGUAUUCGAGUUCUUGCUCAAGAUAAUUGACGUAAUGCAGUCCUAUUUCGGCAAGAUAUCCGAAGAGAAUAUCAAGAAUAAUUUUGUCCUCAUCUAUGAACUUUUGGAUGAGAUCCUGGACUUUGGUUACCCACAAAACUCCGACACGGGUGUUUUGAAAACAUUCAUUACACAGCAGGGCAUCAAAUCUGCGUCCAAAGAAGAGCAGGCACAGAUUACGUCACAGGUAACAGGCCAGAUAGGGUGGCGUCGGGAGGGUAUUAAAUAUAGACGCAAUGAGUUGUUCCUGGAUGUACUUGAAUAUGUCAACUUACUUAUGUCCCCACAAGGUCAGGUGUUAUCAGCUCACGUCGCCGGCAAAGUGGUGAUGAAGUCAUACCUAUCUGGUAUGCCAGAAUGCAAGUUUGGCAUCAAUGAUAAAAUUGUAAUGGAAGCUAAAGGGAAAGGGAACGGCGGUAUAUCGGGCAACACGGACAGCGACCCGGCGCGGUCGGGCAAGCCGGUGGUGGUGAUCGACGACUGCCAGUUCCACCAGUGCGUCAAGCUCAGCAAGUUCGAGACGGAACACUCCAUCUCGUUUAUACCGCCCGACGGCGAGUUCGAGCUCAUGAGAUACCGUACGACAAAGGACAUAUCGCUACCAUUCCGCGUGAUUCCCCUCGUCCGCGAGGUCGGCCGCACCAAGAUGGAGGUGAAAGUGGUGCUGAAGAGCAACUUCAAGCCCUCACUGCUCGGCCAAAAGAUCGAGGUGAAGAUACCCACGCCACUGAACACCAGCGGGGUCCAGCUGAUAUGUUUGAAGGGCAAGGCCAAGUAUAAGGCCUCCGAGAAUGCAAUCGUUUGGAAAAUCAAACGCAUGGCGGGCAUGAAGGAAACGCAGCUGUCAGCCGAAAUAGAGCUGCUCGAAACGGAUACCAAGAAGAAGUGGACGCGCCCACCCAUCUCAAUGGGUUUCGAAGUGCCCUUCGCGCCCUCUGGUUUUAAGGUCCGUUACUUGAAAGUAUUCGAGCCUAAACUCAACUAUUCUGAUCACGAUGUGAUCAAAUGGGUGCGCUACAUCGGCCGCUCCGGGCUCUACGAGACACGAUGCUAAGCACACAUACACACACGGUCUCAUGAAUUUGCCGAUUGAAUGGAAUCUACGCAUGGGAAUAAAUGGCAUGCUACGUAACACUAUAUCUAAAUGUGAAUAUGCAGUUUCAUAUCCUACUACUCAUUCCGAAUUAUGAGAUUUUUUUAACAACUCACUUAUGUUUAUUUUAUUCUCGUAAAGCUGUUAAGUAUAUGCUAAAAAUAUUAUAUUUUUUAACUAUU